AACACUAUGAUGAGAAGAGGGUGGGAAAACUCUGGGGGUUCAAGUUUUUAAAGAGGAAAAAAUGCAGACACACAGAGGAAGCGAGGCCAGCCGACCGCCAUGGCCAAAGGGGGGGGCUGGCCGGUCAGCAGUGAGGCCUGGGGUGGAGGUUUUGUAGAGAGAGAGAGAGGUUUUUUUAGAGAGAGAGAGAAGGAAUAAGAUCCUUAACUGUACUUUUUCCACAAUUCUGUAUCAUUGCUUUGAUUACAAAGGUGUAACCUGAUGGAUUUUGGCUAGUGACAACCGAAUAGUAUUGUUAAAACUUGUCCAUGAUUGAGAUGUUACUUCAAUCUACUUGAGCUAUAGUUGACCAAACUGGACUUGGUGUUCCUGUAUUAUAAUUGUAAUGAUUUUUGAUGCUUGUGUUUAUAAACCAGGUUUAUUGAAAAAUUUGGCACCCAUAUUAUUGUUGGUGUGAAAAUGGGAGGGAAGGAUGUAAUAUAUGUGAAGCAACAGCAUUCUUCGGCUCUUCAACCUGCUGAUGUGCAGAAAAGGUUAAAGGCAAUGGCAGAUAAGAGAUUUUUGGAUUCAAAUGGACAAUAUGGAAUGGAUUCUGAACAGGCUUAUCAGAAUGACAAGUAUGAAAUCAGAGAGCAGCGCCUGAGGUUUGCGGAUACUAGUCCAUCGAGUUCUUACUCGCAAAAGGAGGAUAUUGUGAGCAUUUGCAAGAGGAGAGGUGGAAGUGAUAAUCGAAAUCUAACACACAAUGAGUGGUUACAUACUGUACACUACGAACCUGACAUGAUCUCAAUGUCUUUUAUCCCGAUUACCUCAUUGUUGAAUGGUGUCUCUGGGAGCGGGUUUUUGAGCCAUGCCAUAAAUCUCUAUUUACGCUAUAAACCACCAAUUGAAGAACUCCAUCAGUUUUUGGAAUUCCAGUUGCCGAGGCAAUGGGCACCAGUGUUCAGUGAACUUCCACUUGGUCCGCAAAGGAGGCAACGAAGUACAGCAUCUUUACAGUUUAGCUUCAUGGGUCCCAAGCUUUAUGUGAACACCACGCCGGUGGAUGUGGGUAAGAGGCCUGUGACUGGCCUCCGGCUGUAUCUAGAAGGCAAAAGAAGCAAUCGCUUAGCCAUCCAUUUGCAGCACCUCUCGACCCUACCAAAAAUAUUCAAACUUGCAGAUGAUCCAAAUGGCAACUUCCGCCAGGAGUCCUACGAUCGUAAAUACUAUGAGAAAGUUCAAUGGAAGAACUUUUCCCACGUCUGCACUGCACCAGUUGAGUCUGAUGAGGAUCUUUCCAUAGUAACCGGAGCUCAAUUACAGGUUGGGGAUUACGGCCUCAAAAAAAUCCUUUUCUUGCGACUCCGCUUCUCAACCGUCUCGGGAGCCAUGGUGGUAAAGCAUCCAGAAUGGGACGGUUCACCGGGCUUGGCCCGGAAGUCUGGACUCAUAUCAACGCUAAUCAGUCAUCGUUUCACCACAACAUUUACGAAGCCGCCUCCACAGCCUGCUGACGUGAAUAUAAACUCUGCUGUUUACCCUGGUGGCCCUCCAGUUCCUACCCAAGCACCAAAACUCUUGAAGUUUGUUGACACAACGGAAAUGGUGAGGGGCCCGCAAGAAACUCCCGGCUAUUGGGUUGUUUCCGGGGCUAGGCUUGUCGUUGAGAAGGGAAGGAUCUCACUCCGGGUUAAAUACUCUUUGUUGACUGCAAUAUUACCCGAUGAAGAAGCACCAGAGGAGCACUAACAAAGGAAUUUUCAUGCCUGCCAUGAACCCGAAAGAUUGAAGAGAGGGAGUUGAGUUGGGGAGAGGGAGCUAAAUCAAAUCAAAGAAGGCUUGUUUUGAAGCCCAAAUCGCCUGUUGUGGUAAAUAUAGGACUGUACCGAUGGUGAUUGCGUAAAAGGUGGAUGGUGGGUCGUAUUAUAAUUUGAUUUCUUGCUCCCCUUGUGUCUCUGGUGAUGUAGUUUUGUUUUUUUGUUGGAUUUUCUUCACAUGUUUAGUCUUUUAGGUAGGGUAUUUAACACCCUCUUGGUCUUUGUAUUUUCUCCUCUUUUUUUUU